AUGAGACUCACAACUAUCAUCGGAUCGUUCGUCGCCUUUGCUGAAGCGAUCAGCAUUCCCAGCACCGGCACUACCUCGUUGAGAGAAGAGGCAGCAAAGAAGAACCUUCUCUUUGGUUCAGGCGCUACCAAUCCAGCAUAUCUCAACGAUUCCCAGUUUCGUGCUGUUCUUUCCCAGCAGCUCAACAGUCUCUCUCCUGAGAAUGAACUGAAGUGGAACUUUGUCCAUCCUGCCCAAUGCCAAUAUGAUUGGCACAAGCUCGACACUCUCGUCGCAUUCGCCGAUGCCAAUAAUAUGAAAGUCAAGGGUCAUGGUCUUCUUUCACCAUGCUGCAACCCAGAUUAUGUCCUCAACAUUACCUCCCCUGACGCCCUCCGUGCUGAAAUCACCAAUCACAUAGAGGCCAUUAUGCAUCGCUACCGGGGUAAAAUGGAUCGAUGGGACGUUGUCUCCGAGGCCCUCAAGACCAACGGCAGCGGUUUGUCAUCCAACCACUUUUACGAGACGCUGGGUCCCAGUUGGGUCGAGGACAGCUUCCGCAUAGCCAGAGCAGCAGACCCAGACGCCAAGCUGUUUCUCAAUGAGAAUCUCGUGGAGUUGCAGCCAAAGAAGCGUCAAGAACUAUACGAUAUGGUUUCUAAACUCAUUUCAAGAGGCGUUCCCAUCGAUGGAAUCGCUCUGCAGGUGCAUAUCACCCUUGAGCCCUUGGUCACCAUUGCUGAAAUGGAUGUUCAUACCUGCAACGCAACCCAACUAGCCGAGAUAUAUGGCAGCACCAUUAAGGAAGCUCUAGACGCAGGCAUCACUGACAUAUCUUUCUGGGGCUUCACCGACAAGCACGCGUGCACGUGGCUCCCGGGAGCCAAGCCGUUGAUGUUCAACGAGACCUAUUACCCCAAGAGUGCUUUCUACGCGACCCAUAGUGCCCUCGCUGACUUCAAUGAGAGGUCUUGA